AAUAUACCCACUUAGCCUCUUUACUUCUUUCUUUCUUUCCUCCCUUUUCUCUUGGGUGUCUUCACAGCAAAAAAAGAAAAAAGAAAAAAGAUGAAAGCCUUUUGCAGUGGGGCGGAGCUUUUGAGCUAGGGCAUUUGUGAAGUUCUGUUCUAUAUCGAAAAGGUCGACAAUUACUUCUUCAUCAUCCUGAAGGGAAUGAUUUUUCAGUCCCGGAGGCAAUGGAAGUAGAUACCGGAAAUUCGUGUUUUAUUGAGAAGCUGCCUGUAGAAAGAUUCACAUCUACAACUACAAGAGAAACAAAGAAGCCUCCAGAAACUAACAAAAGCCCUGCUGCAUUUGUCAAUCACGCUGCUAUUGCAUGGCAUGAGAACAGAAGAAAAUGGGUUGGAGAAGUAUCAAGGAAGUCAGAAAGGAUACCGAAGGAUCCAAUUAUAAGUUGGUCAACUACCUACGAAGAGUUGCUCUCUACAACUGACCCUUUCUCCGAGCGAAUUCCUUUAACGGAAAUGGUUGACUUUUUAGUCGAUAUCUGGCACGAUGAGGGGCUUUUCGACUAGAUAUUUAUGAAAACUUCAUCUAUGUAUCUUGUGCAGAUUAUUUUGCAGACAUUUGGAAAUCUUGUGCAUCUUCGACAGUCUUUGACCCGUAAGAUAUUUAGCUUGACAUUCAACUUCGUCUAGCCAUUGAUCUUUAUAGGACCUUCCAUUAUAUGUGGUACCAUUUGUAGUCAUUGCCUAGUACUGUUAACAGGCGAACGAUACUCCGAGAGAGUCCUAGAUCUGAAUCAUGUUGUAUCAAAUAUUGUUAUGUAUAAGUACUGAAUUCUUUUAAGCAGAUUCUUAAUAAUCCCAAAGUAGCUUUGUUUUCAA